AAACAUGAUAACAUAAAAAUUGGGUGAACCAAACCAGAGAAUAUCAAUCAUCAAUAGUAACAUACAAAUGUAAAGGAAUAUCCCUUUCUUGUUGUGGCUUCAAUCCAAAGCCAUCCCUUUCACCCUUUUUCUCCUUCCUCAAAACUCACAUAUAAAAUACUUUCUCCAAAUUCUUAUUCAUUCUUCCUGAACAAUAAACUCCAACUUCCAUAUAACCUUUUCAUCUCCUCCAUAUCAUGUCCCUCACGGGCCGGCCUCGUGUUAUCGUCAACGGUGUUCGAAGAAUGAGAACCUUUCAUUAUUUCUGGUGUCUCAACUGCCAACGUACUGUCAGAAUACCAUCAACUAAUACUUUUACAGAUUAUGGCUCUUUCUGUCCAUAUUGCUUCCAUCAAUUGCGAUAUGAACUUGAUAUAUCAAGGCCAAGGCUUCUCAUGAAUGAUCCUAAUAACAUGAACCCUCCUCCUACUACUAAUCAGUUAAUGGGUAGCUUAGCUUUCAUUCUUGAUCCAUCUUUUAGAAGACAAAACAACACAACAUUACAGUGGGAAACCGAACAUGAACAUGAUCAAAAUCAAAAUCGGAAUCCACAAACAUGGAUUACACUUCGAUUCGUAAGACCAAUUCGUCUACCAAGGCCUAUUGUUCCACCGCCACCGCCACCACCACAAAACUUGGUUCCUCGACUCAACGACAAUAACACCCCUUCAUUAGAUGAGCUCUUUGAUGGGAUGAUUCACAACAAUAGUAGACCAGGGCCGCCUCCUGCGUCACCGUCGGCCAUUGAAGCCUUACCAAUGGUGAAAGUGACAGAAGCUCAUUUGGCAAGUGACCCGAAUUGUCCAAUAUGUAAAGAUGAGUUUGAAGUUGAUUUAGAAGUGAAAGAGUUACCAUGCAAACAUUUCUACCAUUCUGACUGCAUUCUCCCGUGGCUUCGCAUGCACAACACUUGCCCUGUAUGCCGCCACGAGCUACAAGGGAUUGAUAAUAGUAACAAUGCUAAUUACUACUCUUUUCACAAUGAAAAUGAGUACGACGUCGGAUUCAUUGGAUUUGAGGAACUUACAAGCAGCUUUAUCUGGAUUUGGAGCCAAUUUACUUCGAUUUGGCCUAUCCGUGCAGUCCUAGAUUGGACGCGGUCCCGUUUCAAUCACCAUGCCCAAGCUCGUAGUAGAAGUAACUCUUGGUGGCGAGCAUUGCUCAUUCCGUAGCUUCGUCUGUGAGAUCUCAAACCGAAGCCUGCCUGGUUUAUAAAUUAUGAUGUAGGAAUUAUUUCAUUGGUUAUGGUAAUUCCUUUGCUUCACUAUUAUGUGAUGCUCAUUAACAAUGCUGCACUAACUUAAUCUUUCAACAAUCAGGCUUUUGGCCACUGUAAAGUGCAAAUUAUAGUUACACUGGAACUUAGUGGAUAAGACUCAGGUGUAUAUAUAACAUAUGUGCAUGUCACAUGCAAAAAGUUACACUAAAUAAAUAUUUUAAAAGAUUGAAUGUUUUCUAUAUUGUUAUUAAGACAUAUACUCAGAAUAUAUUCCAACCUGUAUUAUUAUUUUAUAAACAUUAUUAUGA